AUGCUGCCGCUUUCGUUGCUCAAGACGGCACAGGGCCACCCCAUGCUGGUGGAGCUCAAGAAUGGAGAUACGUACAAUGGACACCUCGUCAACUGUGAUACCUGGAUGAACGUCAACCUGCGCGAAGUCAUCUGCACCUCCAAGGACGGUGACCGCUUCUGGAAGAUGCCCGAGUGCUAUAUUCGAGGCAACACCAUCAAGUACAUUCGCGUCCCCAACGAGGUAAACAGCCAACGCCAACGACGAUGA